AUGAAAGAGGUUGCUAGAACGUAUUUCCAAAAUCUAUUUUCAGCUGGAAGAAGAGGAAAUUAUAAUCAUAUUUUAUCGGGUAUUGAUCAAUGUAUUUUUGAUGAAGAUAGUUCUAAACUUAAGGAGAGAUAUACAAAAGAGGAGAUAUGGGAGGCACUGAAAGAAAUGGGUCCGACAAAAGUACCUGAAGAUGAUGGAUUUUCUGCUCUCUUUUAUCAAAAGUGUUGGUCAAUCAUUGGAGAAGAUACUACAUCAUUCCGCCUUAAUUUUCUAAAUGAAGCUUAUGAACUACUUCAUACUUUAAAGCAAAAAAGGGUGGGGAAGAAAGGGCUUAUGGCAGUUAAACUAGAUAUGAGUAAAAUAUACGACAGGGUUGAGUGGAAGUUUGUAGAAGGAGUGAUGAAGAAAAUGGGUUUUGAUUCAGAUUGGGUGGAUUCAUUAAUGAAGUGCGUAACGACAGUAUCAUACUCCGUAGUUUUUAAUGGUUUUACUGGUCAAUACUUUACCCCUUCUAGAGAUCUUAGACAGGGCGAUCCUUUAAGUCCUUUUUUGUUUCUAUUUUGUGGGGAAGGAUUAUCUAGCCUUAUAAGUUCCAAUACGCAAGAGGGAGAGAAAAGAGUUGUUACUAGGGUGCUCGGAGUACGCAGCUCAAAUAAUCCAGAGAGAUAUCUGGGUUUACCUAAUUUAGUGGGGAGAAAGAAGAAAGAGUCUUUUCAAAGCUUAAAGGAUAGAUUACUACAACGAAUUGAUAAUUGGAGUAUAAAGCAUCUUUCGCAAGGAGGAAAUGAGAAAAAUCGAGGUAAAAAAGGCAUUCAUUGGUGUGCUUGGAAGGAUAUGUGUGCAUUAAAAGAUGAAGGAGGAAAUUCACCUUUACUUACCUGGAAAAGUGUGUGGGCAACUAAAGGACUUUUGGAGAAAGGAUUGUGCUGGAGAGUCGGGAAGGGAGAUCGCAUUUCUAUCUGGUCUGACAUCUGGAUACCGAAUGUUGAGGAAAAUAGAUUGCAGAAUCAAAUAAGCAAUGUUAAUAUUGAGUUUGUUUCAGAUUUGAUUGAUGAAAAGAGUAGAUCAUGGAAAACAAAGUUAUUGGUUAAUACCUUUCACACAGAGAUUGUUAAAAAAAUCAUGCAGAUUCUAUUGCCAAGGGCUGUGCACGACUAUUUCCAAGUAUGGGGAGGGGAACCAUCUGGUAAUUUCUCCGUUAGAAGUGCCUACAAACUAUUACAAAGGGCUACACUGGUUCCUAGUAAUAAUAAUUUACAGGCCGAGAUUAAAACUUUCUACAGAAAACUAUGGAACCUACAUGUUCCUUCAAAACUCAAAAUUAUAGUCUGGAAAAUUUCCUGGAACUACAUCCCUACUCUUGCUAAUCUUAAGAUAAAACGAGUUGCUGUGGAGACUCAAUGCCCCAGGAAAUUUGGGAAUGGCUUACUUGGGUUUUCAACCGGGGAACAAGCGAACAGUGUCGUCUUUUUUGCUGUGGAUUAUGGAUCAUCUGGACAAGUACUUCACUCUGACGUUGCAUCACCGUUUACGACGGAGGCUUUUGCAGGACUAGAUGCAAUAAGAUUAGGUAGUUCCAUGGGUUUUAAUGCAUGCAUGAUUCUGGGUGAUUCUAAAACAGUUAUCAAGAAAUGUCAAAGUGCAGAUUAUGAUAGAUCGGUCAUUGGAGCACUCAUCAGAGAUAUCCAACUCUUAAAAAUACACUUUCAAGACUUGGGGUUUCUUUUCAUCCCAAAAUCAGAAAAUCUCUUUGCUCACUUUACCGCUAGAAAAACAUUGAAAGAAAAUGAAAAUCAUUACCUAGAGGCAGGCGUCUCAAGCUGGGUUCAAAUAGAAGUGGAGAGGCUAAAGUCGAGAGCUCCAGAUUGA